AUGAUGUUAAUUAUGGUAUUUAUUUCUACUACAUUUAUUUUUCUACCAAAAAUUAUUGGACAAGAAAUUAUAUGUGAACCAAAAGAUUCUUGGUCAUGGACACCAUGGUUUAAUUUUCAUACACCAUCUGUUAAAGGUGAAUAUGAAUUACAUGCUGCAAUACGUAGUCGACAUCCAACAAUUGUUUGUGCUGAACCACAUGGUGUAUCAGCUGUUAAUCAAGCCGGUGUUGAUAUGAAUCAAACACUUGAUAUGAUUUUAUUACGUUCAUAUGAUGUAUUCUGUUUAAAUAGUUAUGAUCCGAAAUUUCAACGAAAAAUUUGUGAUGAUUAUAGUGUACGUUAUUGCUGUCCAACAAUAAUACAAUCACCAUCAACAACAAUAAAAAAUCAUAUACGCGAUAUGUUUAUAGCAAAUACUACACAUACAAAUUUUUUAAUAGAUAAUCAAUCACGAUUUGUUGUACAAUCAAAAUGUGGUCGAACAGCACGUUCAUCUUCAUUUCAUUCGAAUACUCGUAGUGGAUUUUUUCUCAAUUUCUUCAAUACAAUGUUAUCAAAAAUUAUCAAUGGAGUUGAAUCACGUCCAAAUGGUUGGCCUUGGCUUGUAUCAAUUGGUGUUCGAUAUCGUGGUCCAUCUGGUUUAUGGCAAAAUCGUACACAUAUUUGUGGUGGUACAUUAAUUGAACCAUCGCAUGUUCUUACAGCUGCACAUUGUCUUGAACAAAAAAUUGAUGAUCGUUAUGUUCCAUUUACAACAACAAAUCCAACAUUAGAAUCCUUGUUUGUUUUACGUAUUGGUAUUCAUGAUAUACGUUUAACACGUUCAGAAGAACUUUAUGGAGCAAAACGUAUAUUUGUUCAUGAAAGAUUCAUAGCAAGUACAUUUGAAAAUGAUAUUGCUAUUAUUCGACUUGAUCGACCUGUAGUAGUAACUGAACAUAAAUCGCCUAUUUGUUUACCAUCAAAUAAUAUUUCACCUGGUUCGCAAGUAACUGUUGCCGGAUGGGGUACAGUUGCUGAAUCAUCACGCGUUCAUUCAAAUGUACUUCGACAAGCGAAUGUUAAUAUAUUACCAGCAACAAAUUGUCGAGUAUAUAUGGAUGUUCAUUAUGAUACAUCAAAACAAUUGUGUGCUGCUGCUUUAGAUUGGUCAAAAGAUACUUGUGCUGGAGAUAGUGGCGGUCCAUUAAUGUAUCAAGAAAAUGGUGAAUGGUCAAUAGGUGGUAUUACAUCGUAUGGUUAUGGUUGUUCAAAACGUGGAUUUCCUGGUGUCUACCAAGUCGAUGUUAAACGUGAAGGUGAAUGGCAACGUAUUAAUUCCGAAGAUCUUGUACGAGGUGAUAUUAUACAUGUACGUGGUGGUGAUCGUGUAGCAGCUGAUAUUCGUAUUGUUCAUACAUCGGGUCUUCUUAUUGAUAAUUCAAUUAUAACAAAAGAUUCCGAUCCUGUACCUAAAUCAGCCGAUUAUACAAGUUCAAAUCCACUUGAAACAAAUAAUUUAUUAUUGUGUGGAACAAGUAUAACUCAUGGAUCAGCUAUUGGUAUUGUUGUUAAAACAGCAGAACAUACUUUAUUGGGUAAAAUAUGCAAUACAACCGAAAGUUUGGAUCCAAAAAGAACUAUAUAUGCUCGUACUAUUCGUACUUUAUUUCUUUUUCUUACCGUAUUUGGUCUUGCUCUUGGUGUCAUUUUUUUUAUUAUUCUCUAUGCAACUGGUUAUUAUUGGCUAUAUGCUAUACAAAUUAUGAUAUCAGUUUAUAUUGCUUGUAUUCCAGAAAUUCUACCAGCAAUUAUUCAUUUAUGUUUAACACGUACAGCACAACAUAUGGCAACAAGAAAUUGUCUCGUUAAAGUUAUUGAUGCUUUGUACGAUUUAGCAUGUACAACAAUUCUAUUUGUUGAUAAAUCUGUUUUAACAAGUAAUAAAAUGACAGCAAGUCAAAUAUGGAUACCAUCAAAUCAAGAACGUAUUAUAUCAGCAGCUCCAUCGGAAGAUCCGAAUAUUAUACAAGAAUGUAUGCAAAUGUCUGGAUGGCAAACAAUGAUGCGUACAGCUAUACUUUGUAGUCGUGCAGAAUAUUUUACUGAUCAACAUCAUACAAGUCGACAAGCACCAUUAGGAGAAUGGGAUGGAGAAGCUCGUGAAAUCGCUAUUAUAAAAUAUGCUGAAUAUGCAGAAUUAGAUAUAGCAGCUAUACGUCAUUUAUAUCCUCGACGUGAUGUUCAUCAUUUUACACCAGAAAAUAAAAGAAUUGAAUCAUUUCAUAUUAAUAAUGAACCAAAUGUGGAAGGAAUGCAUCUUGAUUGUAUGAUGGGUGCACCGGAACGUAUUUUUCGUCGAUGUGCAACUGUUUUAAUCAAUGAUGAAGAAAUAGCGAAUGAUGAUGAUCUUGUUUUAGAAAGAAUGUUUAAUGAAAAUCUUAUACAAAUGGGUUCACUUGGUGAAACUGUUCUUGGUUUUGCUGAUCGACAAUAUCAUCGAGAUGAUGGUCCACAAGAAACUUGGCGUUUUCUUGGUUUAAUGUCAUUUAGUGAUCCAAUUCAAGAAAAUGCUGUUACAGCUAUUGAAAAAUGUCGAUUAGCAGGAGUUAAAGUUAUUUUAAUUUCUGGUGAUCAUCCUGUUACGUCAUGUGCACUUGCAAAACGUUUAACAAUUUUUUCACCAGAAUCUGAAACUGUAGAAGAUGUGGCUAUUAGACUUGGUGUUCCAGUGGAUCGUGUUGGACCACGACAAGCAACAGCAGUAGUUAUUCAUGGACGUGAUUUACAUAAUAUAUCUCAACUUGAUUUAGCUGAUACAAUAAUAAAUGCACCUGAAGUUGCUUUUGCUCGUACAACACUUCGACAAAAACAAAAAAUUAUUGAAUGUGCACAAUUAGGUAAAGCUGUUGUGACAUGUUUUUGUCUAUCUUCGGAUGAUCGUGGAGCAAUAAGAAAAGCUGAUGUUAGUGUUGCAAUGCUUAAUGGUAGUAGUGAAGCAUCACGACAAGAAGCUGAUCUUGUUCUACUUGAUAAUGAUUUAAAUACACUUGUUGGUGCUAUUGAAGAAGGUCGUUAUCUUUGGGAAAAUAUUAAAAAAUGUUUAGCUUAUUGUCUUGUUGUUAAUGCUACACAACUUGCACCAUUUUUAAUGUUUAUUAUAUUUCAAAUACCUUUAACACUUGGUCCAAUAACAUUAUUACUUGUUGAUUUAAUAACACAAUUAUUACCGACGAUUUCAUUAGCUUAUGAAAGACCAGAAUCAGAUAUAAUGACAAGAGGACCUAUUGAUAAAUUUCGAGAUUUACUUAUUAAUCGAAGACUCAUAUCACUUUGUUGGGGUCAAAUUGGUUUAAUACAAAUUACAGCAGGAUUUUUUACAUGGGUUGUAGUUAUGGCCGAAAAUGGAUUUUGGCCAUCACGUUUAAUAGGUAUUCGAAAAGCAUGGGAUGCAGCAGCUAUUAAUGAUUUAGAAGAUUCAUACGGACAAGAAUGGACUUAUCGACAAAGAAAAAUUCUUGAAUAUAUGGGUUAUUCAGCAUUUUUAGCAGCUAUUAUUGUUGUACAAAUAGCUAAUUUACUUAUAUGUAAAACUCGUCGUUUAUCUUUAUUUCAACAAGGUGUACGAACAAAUAUGUUUGUUAACUUUUGUUUGGUGUUUAUGCCAGUUGUAGCUGUCCUAUUGAUUUAUAUUCCAGGACUUAAUCGAGCCAUAUUUCUCGAACGAUUACAACCUAUAUGGUGGCUAUGUCCUGUUCCAUUUGCAUUGAUGAUUUUUGGUUACGAUGAAAUACGAAAGCUAUUUAUUAGGAAACAUCCAGACGGUUGGGUAGCUAAAGAAACAUACCAUUGA